AUGAGUAGUCUCCAGUUGAGCUCUUGUGGUUCAUCAUUUUGCUCACCCAUCCCUUCUAACUUGAUUACUCAUAACAACAUUACCACCAAGUCUCUCAGUUUCCCCAGAGGAAAAAUUAGAGCAGUCAGCACAGCCCCAAAGAGCAGUGAUUCUGCACAAGCCAUUGAACCAGAGCAACAACCCCCUCUGGUUGAUUUUGCAUUUGUUAACUCUGUGUUGCUACCUGAUCAAACUCCGGAUGUGCAUCUUCGUCAAGCCUGUGGAGGGCAGAGGCUUAGAGAGAUAAUGUUGGAUGGAAAUAUUGAAUUGUAUGGACCAUAUGCUAGACCUCUGCUGAAUUGCGCUGGAGGAGGAACCUGUGGAACAUGUAUGGUAGAGGUGAUUAAAGGAAAGGAGCUCUUAACACCUCGGACAGACAAAGAAAAGAAACACCUUCAAAAAAAACCAAAGAAUUGGAGACUUGCUUGCCAAACCACAGUAGGGAAACCUGACUCCAGGGGCCUGGUUGUUGUUCAACAACUACCUGAAUGGAAAGCACAUGAAUGGAAGUAUGAGGAUGUACUAGUGAACCCCUCAGAGUCCUCAUAAGACAGUUUUCUCAAUAUCCCCUACCAAUUGUAAUUUUAAGAUGAGUAGAAUAUUAAAUUUCAAUUUAUAUUACCUUUUCCUUAAAAAUUUUCUGAAAUAA